AUGCGUCUGGGACGACUGUUUCGCGCGCACGGCGAAUUCUGUGCCUCCCACCCGUGGGAGGUGAUCAUGCUGUUGGUCUCUGCGACGGCCUGCGUCCUCUCGAUAGAUAGGAACAAUAACGUUGCACAAUCGGCGGAUGACGCCGAGCAGUUGCGCACAUGCACUAGCUGGCGUUAUGGACAACGUACGGUCGACGGUGGAUUGUGCGAGGAACCUGCGCGAAACAUCAUCGACAUCAUUCUAAUGAUGAUAGUGCGUUGCACGGCCAUUUUAUAUAUUUACUACCACUUUCGUCAUCUGCACAAGCUUGGAUCGAAGUAUAUUCUAGGCCUUGCUGCCCUUUUCGCGCUGUUUUCCAGCUUCAUCUUCACCACGACCGUGCUGAACAUCCUCGGUUGUGAAAUAUCCGAUCUAAAAGACGCGCUGUUCCUUUUUCUGCUGCUGAUUGACCUGUCGAGGGCUGGUAUACUGGCUCAGCUGGCCCUGUGCGGUGCCAACCAGUCUGAGGUGACGACCAACAUUGCGCGCGGCAUGGAGGUAUUCGGACCGGCGAUGUCGCUCGACACGCUCGUCGAAGCGCUGGUAAUUGGCGUGGGGACCCUUUCCGGCGUACAGCGGCUGGAGCUGCUGAGUGGGUUUGCCGUGCUCUCCGCACUAGUGAACUACAUCGUCUUCAUGACCUUCUACCCGGCCUGUCUAUCGCUGAUACUCGAGCUGACGCACAACGGGAGAAACGGGCAGCAGCUUAACGGCGAGGUGCUGAUCAAGCACAUGCUCCUGCAGGAGGACUGCAAACCGAACCCGGUCGUACAGCGCGUUAAGGUGAUCAUGUCCAGCGGGCUGUUCGUGGUGCACGUCCUGAGCCGGUUUCCCACCUCGGACAAGGAGUCAGACGCGGCCGAACAGAUUAUCGCGUCACGGGCCCAUGAACAUCUGGCCGCAAUGAACAAGACGGAUACCAGCGAAUUGUCCGAAAUGAUCAUGCAUUUGCUGUCAUUCAGCUUAGAGCAAAUCUUCACCUACAUUCUCAUCGUCACGCUUGGUGCCAAAUUCUUGCUGUUCGAUCGAUACCACCUCUCUGAUCAUCUAAUACAUGCGGUCGCAAACGAACAGGAAGUAGCCGCUACGGUGGCACUGAAUGAGACAAGGCAACAAAUUCAAGGAGCUGCGCCCGUGAGUACACCGCCCGUUACAUUCACCUUGGCCGAAACGGUGAUGGUGGAAGAAAAAGCCACCCAGAGUGAGUUGAGCUUGAUCGGUGCUGGCCGGUUCGGACGCAAGGUGCGAAAGCAUACCCUGGUCGAGCAGAAUGCGGAAGGUGAGCAGAUGGUCGAACCGGCGAGUGACGACGAUCAGGAGCUGUUCGACAGCGAGGAAGAUGAGGUUGAGCGAGAACCGCGCCCAUUGGAGGAGUGUGUGCAGAUAUUGCAGUACGAUGGGCAUGGCAAACGGUUGACAGACGGCGAGGUGGAAAUGAUUGUACGCGGCUGUCGCAAUAUUUGCCCGCUGUAUAAAAUCGAGAAAAUUAUUGGUGAUGCGGAACGAGGCGUUCGCUUGCGUCGCUGCAUGCUGCUGAAGGAUGCGGGAUGUAAUGCUGGACUGCUGAAAGAUCUGCCGUAUCUCAGCUAUGACUACUCGAAGGUCAUGGACGCGUGCUGCGAAAACGUGAUAGGAUACGUGCCGAUACCGGUUGGGUUCGCUGGGCCGCUGCUGCUUGACGGCAAGAAGUACUUCGUGCCGAUGGCCACCACCGAGGGUGCGCUCGUGGCCAGCACAAAUCGGGGCUGCAAGGCCCUUUCGGUGUGUGGUGUAACAAGCUAUUGCGAGGAUAUCGGAAUGACGCGUGCUCCCUGCGUCCGUUUCCCGAAUGUGCUGCUAGCGGCACAAGCCAAGCGGUGGAUGGAAUCGGAGGUCAACUUCCAGCGCAUCAAGAAAGCAUUCGAUUCGACCAGUCGGUACGCCCGCCUGCAGGACUUGUACAUCGCCAUGGACGGUCCCGUACUGUAUAUUCGGUUCCGCGCUUUCACUGGCGAUGCGAUGGGCAUGAACAUGCUGUCGAAGGGUACGGAAAAGGCUUUGCGCGAAAUACAAUCCGUUUUUCCCGAGAUGGUCAUCAUUUCGCUCAGCGGUAACUACUGCUCGGACAAAAAGUCAGCUGCCAUUAACUGGAUUAAAGGGCGGGGCAAACGCGUCGUAUGCGAAACGAUCGUUCCGGCGGACAAGCUCGCGCAGAUCUUCCGAACAAACGCCCGAACGCUCGUGCAGUGCAACAAGCUGAAGAACAUGACCGGAUCGGCCGUUGCCGGGAGCAUAGGGGGCAACAAUGCGCACGCGGCCAACAUGGUUACUGCGAUCUUCAUCGCGACCGGGCAGGAUCCGGCACAGAACGUUACCAGCAGCAACUGCUCAACCAACAUGGAAACGUGUGGUGAGACGGGCGAGGAUCUGUACAUCACCUGCACGAUGCCCUCGCUGGAGGUAGGCACGCUCGGUGGAGGUACCGGACUGCCCGGACAGGGAGCCUGCCUCAAUUUGCUGGGUGUGCGCGGUUCCCAUCCGACGAAUCCGGCUGAAAAUUCGAAACAACUGGCCCGCAUCAUCUGUGCCACCGUAAUGGCCGGAGAACUGAGUCUUUUGUCGGCAUUGGUCACUAGCGAUCUAGUCAACAGCCAUAUGCGACACAACAGAUCAUCGGUAGCAAUAAAUCCAAAUUUGCAUCUAGCGGCGUCCGCAAUAGUGACGCCCGCGAAGGAAGGAGAAGCAGGUACUUCCUCUUAA